UGCAGGCCGGCGGGGUCGGCGCGCAGCCAGACCCAGCUGAAGAGCUGCAGCGCGGCCGAGGCGAGGCCCAGCAGCGCCAGCACCAGCGCGGCCCACAGGUAGCGGCCGCGGAGCGCGUACUGCCCGGCGGCCCACAGGAAGAAAAUAGAAGUUGGAUGCUAGAAUGUGGCAGAGGGAGAGCUGAGACCAGAGUCCUGUUUUUUGGCAGCGGGAAUGGAGCGUGGCACUUGAACAUCCAUAUUCUCAGCCACUCUAUCACGCAGGACGGGCAGGAUCAGUGUCCAGAAGGACUGACACAACUGGAGCUGGCUUCUGAGUACAGAGUUCGAUCUUCCCUAGGGCAGGUCCAGGACCUUUUUGCCCCCAACACAACUGACCUAAAUUCUUACGCUCAACCUAACAGUGCUCAGCAAGGAAUCUAAUUGUCUAAUAGAAAACACAUCCAGCCUGGGUGUCAUAGUGCACGCCUGCAAUUGCAACACUUGGAAGAGUGCGGAAGGAGGAUCACUUUGAGUUCAUAGUGAGUUUAAGGCCAGGCUGAAAUGUACAAGAGACUCUGUCUCAAAAAGAAAAGAAAAAAGAAACAAACAAACAAACAAACAAACAAAAGAAAUUAAAAAAAAAACACAUCCAGAGCCAGGGAUGUAGCUCAGUGGCAUAGUGCCUGCCUAGUAAGCACAAGGUCCUAAGUUCAAUUCCUGGUACCAAUAAAAAUAAAAAUAAAAUAAUAAUUAGUUAAACAUAUUUAGUUUCUUCGAAUUUUCCUCAGAUGGAUUACAGCUCUCUCAGAGAUGUCAGUUUUCUUUAUAAGUAAAGAAUUACAGAGUAUUCAAGAGAUCACUGAUCUCAUCCAAUGCCAUAUAAAUCUGCAGAGUUGUAGCUGGGGAUUUAGCUCAGCAGUGUAAGCACUUGUCUGGCAAACACAAGGUCAUGAGUUCAAUCCCCAGCACUAGAAAAAAAAAAAUCUGCAAAGUCCAGGUGAGUUCCCAGAAGAACUGUGCAUCUAUGAAAGAACUGUGAAUUCCCCCAAAGCCUUUCCCAGAGAGAUUACAUCUUUCAGAAUGUUAUCUACUCCACCACAGCCUCUGCUUCAGAGAAAUCAGAGGCCUUCCCAGAAAAAUCCCCCAGGGAACCAGUGUCCAAGGUCAUAGACUAAAUCUCACACUUUUCCUGGGCCCAAGGAAGCCAGGCCUGUCCAGGCCCCUCCUGAGACUUUGGCACAUUUUCUGUGUCUAGCCUUUGCCUUUUCCCUGCCAACCACAGGAUCUAUUAUGGCUGUGUCUAGAUGUCCCCUUAAAGCCUCAUGUGCUCACACGUAGGGCUCGUCAGAGGUGGCUCCACCUAGGGUGUGUGAUGCUGGGGCUACAGGUGUGUGGCAACUAACUUGGGUUAGCAGAGUUCUGGAUGUGGAUAAUGGCCAGGCCCGCCUUGGGUUCGAUUGGCCUGAAGCCUGGAUAGGAUAAAGGCGAAAAGGAGGCUCGAUCCUGCUGCUGCUUGCGGCCUUCUUUCUUGCCCUGCAUGGACUGUUUCUCCUCUGCAGUGCCCCGCAGCCAGUGGAGCCAACUGAUCACGGACUGAAAUUUCUACAAACUGUGAACUGAAAUAACUCCUCCUUUAAUUUAUGGAUGUUGGAUAUUUGUUCCAGUAAUGGGAAAGUAACUAAGAGUCCUUCUGAGGGUCAUUCUUGGGCACUUUCUUAUCACAGCGUGAGACAGCUAGGGGCACCCCAGGUUUCACACUUCUUUCCAGAAGAAUCUACUGAGGCCAGCUGAGGAAGCACCAAGUCCAAGCUCCUCCAACCUUCCUCACCAGCUCCCUGCCUCACCACUUCCUGUUGGAAGCCCUGGAGUGGAGUGUCCUGUGAUGCCCCGAUGUCCUCCAGGGGAUGCACUCUCCUCCCUGGGAUGUGAUCACAAACUGGCCUCUACACCAUCUUAGUUCUCCAGUACCACCCCAGGGCUGGGCAUGAGACAGGUCGACCUGGCAAGUAAGAGAACACAGGAGGGACUGGAGAACCUGGAGUGACCUGGAGUGAAAGUUCCAGGGAAGAUGAAGGCCCUCUUUUUUUGGGUGGGACAGAGGCGGGAUGAGGUUACCGGGAAUCGAACUCAGGACCUUGCACUUACCAGGCAGGUGCUGUGCUACUGAGGUAUAUCCCUGAAACCCCCAGAGGGAAACAGAAAUGAAGUCUCUGGAGGGAAACAGAAAUGAAGUCUCUGUCCUGACCAAAAAUGAAGUCUGGAUUCGGCUCGAUCUCCUUCAUGGCAUAGACGGAAGAGUUGACGAGGGCCCAUGGAGAAUCACAGAGCAUCGUAGUAUAACAGGAAACAGACCCGAAGAACCAGGCAACAUGGAGCGUGGUGGUUGUGAUUACACAGCAUGGCACUGGGCACCAGCGGAUUUAUCACUGUUUAUUGCCGCUGCCCGCUGAACUGUUUCUGACCAAGAUGGUAAAGUCUGGGAUUUCCUCACCCUUCACCAUUGCUGUCACUUGCUCCUCCACUUGCUGGGUUACUUGGUCUACAUGCAUCACCCCAGGGAGCUGAGGCUGGGCCUGGCACUCUCAACUUACUCUGUUGACUUCGGGGCCCCACCCAAGCACAGAGUGGCUCCAGAGUGAAAGGUUUGGCCCAGACAGGACACUGUAGCCAGGAAAGCCACAACGGGAAGCAGGAAGCCCCAUCUUGCCCUGCCCCUAGGAAGUUACCUGUGACGCCAUCUUCCCGCCCCUGGGAAUUUACAUAUGGCGCCAAACCUAGGACCAAUGGGCUACCUGUGUAUCCCUAAUGCCCGCCUUAGGUUCCACCCCAAACCGAGGCUAUUUACAGGCCCCCACGCCGCGUGUCCGCCGGAGAGAUCGCCGGACGCCAGCGGUGGGGUGCCGGUCAUCUCUCUCCAUGUUCUCAGAAUAAAGGCCGCUUUUUAUUUUAUAUUUCUCAUCUUUUGUUAAUAUUUUUCAUCUUUUGGAAAUAACUCUAUCAUUUGGUGCCGUGACUCGAUCGGCAGGCAACUAACUCUUGGGCCACAUACCCAGAGUUUCCUCGCCGAUAAUCAGAUAACAUCCUGGAUUAAUCCCGAGCUUUUUCCUCUCCCGAGACGUUCCUGUCGCCAGCCGCCUGCACUCCGCAUCGGCCAGACUGAUUUCAGGUGAGCACUCCCCGGGGAACUUUUCGCACUGGGCAGCCCCAGUGGAAUGUUCUCCCCGUCUGCGUGGGUCUGUGCAUUUUCACGUCCUUAGGACCGCCCAGGGCAGGGUUCUUUCUGGGCAAACCUGCGCCCACAAAAUCUCUCACGUUCUUUGGGUUCGGAUAGCCCAAAGCAGAGAUUUUUGGGACUGCCCACACUGAAAGAAUGCCUCACUUCCCUUAAAACCUUGCGCUUUCACGGGCAAAACUGUUACUGACCCCACGUAGACUCCAUUCGUAAAACUCUCAGUGACAACUGGAGUUUACGGUUUGGAACCGUAGCUGCCGCGUGGUACCACAAAUAAGUGACGACUUUUUUCUGGACCUCCGGUUUUUUUUUCUUGCCUGAAUCAGUCAUGGGGAACAUAUUUUCUAACUCCCAAAAGACGCCUUUACAAUGCCUAAUUUCCAAUUUACGUACUCUAAAAAUUAAAGGUACCAUAAAAACUAAACAACUAACUUUUUACUGCCAGGAGGUCUGGCCAACCUACCCGCUUAUCGGCAAGCCUUGGCCCAAAAAAGGAACAUUUGACCCCUGCAUUCUCAGGAACUUGUAUGAUUUUUGUCAAGCUGGCAACAAGUUAUUAGAACUCCCUUAUGUCCAAGCCUUUCUUAUUCUGAGAACACGCCCAUCUCUCAUUAAGUCUUGUGCUCCCGCUGAGAUACUUUUAGCUAACUCUACCGCGCCGCAAACUUUUCUGUCCUGUCCUCCAUUGUUUUCCCGGCCACCGCCUGCCUACCACCAAACUCGUUCCCUGCCGUUACCUCCCACCGGACCGCACUCUCCUCCCCCUAUCCCUGAUUCUCUCAGCAGCUCUAAUCCCUCUCGAUUGCAGAUACCUCCCACUGUACGAUCAUCUCCCUCUCUGCCUUCCAGGACCCAUAACUCUCCCAGCAGCUCUAAUCCCUCUGUGUCGCAGUUAUCUCCCUGUGUUCGAUCCUCUCCCCCUCUGUCUCCAGGGACCCAUAUCUCUCCCAGUGGCUCUGAUCCUUCUGUUAGCGCUUCCCCGCAAUCUCUGACUUCUUCUUCUCCUGAGAAUUCUGUAUCCCCUACAGCAUUCUCACCGCCCGCCCACCAUACUAGGUCUUGGUCGCUAUGUCCUUCCAGCAGGUCGCGUGAUUGUUCCAGCUUGCACGGGGAACAGUCGCCAUGUUGCAACCCUCUGCCACGUGGCAUGGCGCCGCCAUGUUCAGGAGGGCCACAUGGCGACAGGGCGCUGCCAUGUUCCCAGGCACUGCCAUGUUUUGGGUCACGUGACAGGGCGCCGCCAUGUUUCCAGGGCCUUCACUGUCAACAGGCGUCUCCUUGUGGCUCCUCUUGUGAACUACAACAGCCGCCCUGUUGCAGUGCACAUGACGCUUCAUUGUGCUGCCGACAGCAGUCCUCUAGCUGCAAGGCACACAGUGAGAUGCCAUCUGCUCGUGUUUCCCAGGGUGACUGGCAGCAGCUCUGUAGCCGCUCUACAGACGAUUGCUCACAUGCGCCUACCGGAAGGAUGGCUGCUCAAAAGCCCUCUGCUCUGGAAUCUCCUCAGGCUCUGCUACCGCUUCGGGAGCAAGCUGGCCCCGAGGGACUUGUUAACAUCCAUGUGCCUUUUUCCCUUUCUGAUCUAGCUCAGAUUACCCAUAAAUUAGGUAGCCUCUCUGUUGACCCACAGAAUUAUAUCAGGCAAUUUGAAUUCAUUACUAAUUGUUAUGAUUUACAUUUUAAGGACGUUUAUAAUGACUCUGGGCCUAUAUCUGUGCCAGAGCAGGACAAGCAUACUAACUAUAACAAACUUUUAAAACAGGUCCAGGAGGCUAAUCAAAACCCAGCUGUGUUCCUAAAUUGGCUUUCUAAUCCUUGCGCCCUGCAAGCAGUUCCAGCUUUGCGCGCUGUGUCGGGCCGCCUCCCAGCCCCUCCCCCAUGUGCUGUCCCAGCCCCUCCCUCCCCUGUGUGUCGCCGUCGCCGCCGCUGCCACCUUACACGUUUCCGGGGGCAGUCUGAGCCCACCCCUGCGUGCUACAUCCCAGCGCUUGCCUCACCCACAGGGCGUGCUCUGCCGGAGCGCUGCGAAACAGCAGCUCAGCGGCUCUGCUCAGGCAUGGUUUUUUUUACAAUUUGGCUCCGCUCAAAAGAUGCUUUUUUAUUACAGUUCUCAAACCAUUUAAUCAAGGUUAUUGGCCACCUGAUAAUUUUACCAGCCUUGUUUAUCAAUCAAAGCCUUCACCAAUCUCCUGUUUAACAACUAAGGUUAUAAAUUCCUUUUUGCUGGGAACCACUAGCUCUAUUUCAAGACAAGGGUUUUCUUCAAAGUUUUAUUUUAUUUGUCUUGGUUCAUACUACUGCAAAUAACAACUUUAAAAGUAAAUGUGUUCAGAAUUUGACAGUAUUAGAUCAGUUUUGAUUGAUUUAUUCAUAAGAUUGCUAAACCUUUACUGCAAAAUGUUUCCAUUAAAGCCUUGUUUGGCAGACUAAAGCUUUUUUGUUAAUUCUACGUGUCGCCCUAUAAAAAAAGUGGUAUGCCAUCCAGAUAAAGCCUGCUCUCUAAUCCAAAAUGCCAAUAUUAAAUUCCUGCAUACUUACUUAAUUCUACUAUAGUCCAAAUCCCAAACAAAAAGGCAAAAUUUGACCUUCAAACCUUAUAGAGAUCUUAAUAUUUUUUUUCAUAUUUUUAACACUUGUGACACUUGGAGUUCUGAGACAGGUAAACCUAUACAAGGUGGAGCUGCCUGCCCCCUCCAUGGACCACGCUCAAAUGCAGCAGAAGAUACUGGGCAAGAAAAUGCCCCAUCCUGGCGUUCUUUGAGACCUUACUCUAGGGCUACUGGACUGUCCUAGCCACCAGAGAGUGGGUAAGUCAUCCUAGCCCUCACAGAAAAUGUUGACACUGCCAAAUUCGUCACCGACAGAAAAUCGCUGCUGAAGACUGAGAAAGUUCAGGGCAACAACAGCCCCCUUUAAGGUGUCCAUCUCAGAUUCCAAGUCGUACUAAAGUCUCAGGUAAGACAUUCUCUAUAUUUGUGGACAUAGAGGCCAUAUAUACAGAGUUCUUCCUGAGUAUUCAGGCUACUAUAUUAAGUCCUCAAUCUCUAUCAUGGGGUAUUGAUGGUCAACCUAUGCCAUUUAUAAAUAAAAACAGGGCCUAUUUUGUGCAGGUCCCAGUCCUAAAUCUUAAAAUGCCUUUUAUACAGGCUGACUUAGACACACUGAGGCCUCAACAGCUCCUACCUGUUGUUGCUGGUGGACCCUUCCUCAGUGAUAUAGACCACCCCCUUCCUUUCUUGUUCACCAAUUUGUCAGACAACCCUGGUCAAGACUCUCAGAUACAUUUUUGUCUUCUCACUUGGUUUAUACUUUUUCAGGAUACAUAAAAGCCUUUCUCAUACUUGCUAAAGUUCUGUUACAGCAAAUCAUUCCAAGGACUACAACCAGGUUGCAGUGACCCAUGCCUAAAUCAAAGUUGCUAGACUGCCAUCCUGAUUUCACAUCACUCAGGCUAAGAGAUGCCCUCCCAGCCCUAAAUCUGAUCAUUCUGAGUGGUCAUCUCAUCUUCUGUCGCCUACCCGUCUCCGUCUCACAAAGGCCGCGCAGCCACAGUUAACAGGCUAAGUCAUGUUUUGUUAUCCACUUUGGUUCCUAAUUUCUUACAUUCUAUUAAUGAUCAUUUUUACAGCAGGAUUCUUUAACAGUAUUGCCUACAGACUCUAACGUCAUACAUACCAGAGACAAGCCUUACCAACCUACCGUCUUAACUUUUAUGCUUUCAGAUGGGGGAGUAAUCACCUCUCAUAACUCCACUCCUCCUAACCCCCCCACGUUUAAUUUUCAGAAUUCUGCCUUACUGUGGAAAUGUUUCUACCUCAACAUGGUCCUGAUAGAAUGAUAUGUCUAAAUCAAAGGCACCUUUCCUUCUACCUCACCUAGGUCCUUAAAUAUAACAGUGCCAUGGCUCCUCAUAACAUCUUGUCUCUUUGUUUUUCCAGUCUGACAUACGUGCAUUCACCAGUGAAGUUGUUCUGGCUAAAACACCUGGCACCAGCGUCAACCUGGGCAUCAACCUUCAUCCCGUCGACUCCCCUAGGCUCCAGUACAGCGCCCUUUGCCAGCAGGAAGUAGUUAAAGAGAGAAAUCUUCGCCCCUUUUCAUAAUAACCAUAAGACAGGAUAUGAAAGGUUUGGCCCAGACAGGACACUGUAGCCAGGAAAGCCACAACUGGAAGCAGGAAGCUCCAUCUUGCCCUGCCCCUAGGAAGUUACCUGUGACGCCAUCUUCCCGCCCCUGGGAAUUUACAUAUGGCGCCAAACCUAGGACCAAUGGGCUACCUGUGUAUCCCUAAUGCCCGCCUUAGGUUCCACCCCAAACCGAGGCUAUUUACAGGCCCCCACACCGCGUGUCCGCCGGAGAGAUUGCCGGACGCCAGCGGUGGGGUUGCCGGUCAUCUCUCUCCGUGUUCUCAGAAUAAAGGCCGCUUUUUAUUUUA